GGAACGCUCAGACGCUGUGCGGACCUGUCAUUGGUCCCCCGCGCUUUACUUCGGCACUUCGGAGUUCGCAGCGGCCCCUUCCUAGCUACCUAUUCCCUCCUCCCGGGCCAGGGAUUCCGCGCUGUGUUUCAUCCCGGAUCCCCGCCUCCUAGGGCAGGGGGGUGGGAAGGGGUGAUUGGUGAACGGGCCCUAUCUGCAAGCCCUGAGCUGUCCCGGAGCAACAUGAGCGCUGACGGCGACUCCGGGAGCCCCCUGCCCCGGCUCUGUAAUCUGGAGAAGGGGCCGAAUGGCUACGGCUUCCACCUCCACGGCGAGAAGGGCAAAGUGGGACAGUUUAUCCGGCUUGUGGAGCCAGGCUCGCCGGCCGAAAAAGCGGGACUGCUGGCAGGUGACCGGCUGGUGGAGGUAAACGGGGAGAACGUGGAGCAGGAGAGUCACCAGCAGGUGGUGAGCCGCAUCCGAGCCGCGCUCAACUCGGUGCGCCUGCUGGUGGUCGACCCGGAGGCGGACGAGCGCCUGCAGAAGCUAGGCGUCCAGGUGCGGGAAGAGCUGCUGCGCGGCCAGCGCGGGGAGCAUCCAGCCGAGCCUGCCCCGCAGAGGGCCGCGGAGGAGCAGGCGGAUGGAGGCGAGGAGCAGAAGCCGGGAGCGGCCGGGGAGCCGCGGGACGAGAAGAGCCAACCGGAACAGAGAGAGCUGAGGCCCCGACUUUGUGCUAUGAAGAAAGGUCCCAAUGGCUAUGGCUUCAACCUACACAGUGACAAGUCUAAACCAGGCCAGUACAUCCGAGCUGUGGAUCCCAACUCACCAGCUGAGGCUUCAGGGCUCCAGGCCCAGGACCGGAUUGUGGAGGUGAAUGGGAUCUGUAUGGAAGGGAAACAGCAUGGGGAUGUGGUCACUGCAAUCAAGUCUGGUGGAGAUGAGACCAAGCUGCUGGUUGUGGACAAGGAGACAGAUGAGUUCUUCAAAAAGUGUAAAGUGAUACCAUCCCAGGAGCACCUGAGUGGUCCUUUGCCAGAGCCUGUUGCCAAUGGAGAGGUAGAGAAGGAGAGCAGUGCCACCUGGACUGAAACCGUGUGUGAGAGCCCCAAACCAGCAUCAUCGAGAUCUACACUUAGUGAAACUAGUGAUGAGAUGGAUUCUCAAGACGGACCCAAGAAGCAAGAUUCCACUCCACCCUCUUCUACAUCUUCCUCCUCUGACCCCAUUUUGGACUUCAACAUCUCCCUGGCAGUGGCCAAAGAACGGGCUCACCAGAAACGGAGCAGCAAACGUGCACCACAGAUGGACUGGAGCAAGAAAAAUGAACUCUUUAGCAAUCUCUGAGCAUCUAUUUCAGUGUCCUCCUUCCCUUCCCACCAAACUACCCCGGAGAGUGAGGAGGAGGUUGGGGGUAGGGGGGCUGAGUUGUGCCCCUUGGUCUUCCUUCCCUUUCUUCUUCUCCACUUACCCCAAAUCAAAGUACAAAUCAGCACCAGCAUCUGAUUUUCUUAGACA